CAAUGCACGUGACUACAAGGUGGUCUUCGUUUCAAUGUUGAUUCCUAAACUAACUGUCAAAUUCCACAUCGAUGAACCCAUCGCUUCUGAAUCCAAAUCUCCACUCUGAGGCGUUCUAGGGUUUCUUUUCUUUCCAUCACUUACUGAUCAACUCUCUAAGGUGGCCUUCAAUUCGAGUUGGUUCUGUAAUUUGAAGUGAAUUGUAAACAGCCAUGAAUUACCUUAUUGGAGCUUUCAAACCAGCGUGUAAUAUUUCAAUUACGUUUACUGAUGGCAAGACUCGCAAGCAGGUUCCACUGAAGAAGGAAAAUGGUCAAACUGUUAUGGUUCCACUUUUCCAAAGUCAAGAAAACAUUUCUGGGAAGGUUUCCAUAGAACCAGUUCAAGGGAAGAAGGUUGAACACAAUGGUGUGAAAAUUGAGCUGCUUGGUCAGAUAGAGAUGUAUUUUGACAGAGGCAACUUUUACGAUUUUACUUCACUUGUACGUGAAUUGGAUGUUCCUGGAGAAAUAUAUGAAAGAAAAACAUAUCCCUUUGAGUUUUCUACAGUUGAAAUGCCAUAUGAGACAUACAAUGGAGUGAAUGUGAGGCUAAGGUAUGUCUUGAAAGUGACUGUCAGCCGUGGUUAUGGUGGAAGCAUAGUUGAAUACCAAGAUUUCGUGGUUCGCAACUAUACCCCAGCUCCAUCAAUUAACAAUAGCAUCAAGAUGGAAGUUGGAAUUGAAGAUUGCCUACACAUUGAGUUUGAAUACAAUAAAAGCAAGUAUCAUUUGAAAGAUGUUAUUAUUGGCAAGAUAUAUUUUCUUCUUGUAAGAAUUAAAAUUAAGAAUAUGGAUCUUGAGAUUAGGCGCAGAGAAUCAACUGGUUCAGGGGCCAAUACACAUGUUGAAACUGAGACACUAGCUAAAUUUGAGUUGAUGGAUGGGGCUCCUGUCAGAGGUGAAUCAAUUCCAAUCAGACUGUUUCUUAGCCCUUAUGAGUUGACACCAACUCAUCGCAAUAUUAACAACAAAUUCAGUGUGAAGUAUUACUUGAACCUUGUUCUAGUUGAUGAAGAGGACCGUCGGUAUUUUAAGCAGCAGGAAAUUACAAUUUAA